AGUCUUUCGUUCAUUUCUUUCUUCUAUUUAGUGUCUGCUGUUAUAUUAUUUUGAAUUCCGCAAGCUUCCGGUGCCAACCGGUGAGUAGAGCUACUGUCUCUACAGCACGUCUGUAGUGACGUUUACUAUAUUCGGAGCAACCUACAAAGUCAACGAGUUUCAAUCAUGGAUUUUACUCCGAUAUUCCGUACACCAGUCACGGACUUGACAGGGUGUAUACUUAAUGCUCAGCAAUCGAAGAGAUGUAGAGGUUACGAGAUGCAUUUUUAUGAAUGUAUGGAAGCUUAUGGAAUACCAAAGGGCUACAAAAAGUGUUCCGACAUGUUCGAAGAUUACCACGAAUGUUUGAAUCUUGGUAAGCAAAAGCAACGUGUCACAGCCAUGAAAGCAGAGCAGGCUCGUCAAUACAGGGAAGGAACUCUUCCAAAACCGUAUGCUGCUGACCCCCCUAAAAUCGACAGCUACUGAAAUCUAAGUAUCAACAUUAAUAAUGCUUAAUCUGUAGUACUUGGCUUAUCUGGAAUAUAUAUAAAAA